UUAAGGAGAGGUUUGCUGUGAAGAUGUGGCACAUAACCUCAAAUCUGACAAAAACUAUAAUGGUCUAAAAAUCAACAAAAUCGAUCCGUUAUUUUCCGGUUAAUCUAUCAAUUGAUAAACCUCAUAAGUAAACGAGUGUUUUAGCAAAAUGUUGCGUCAGAUUUCAACACCUGUAAGCAAAGUUCGAUUAAUUAAAUUAGGCUUGUAAUUAAAUUAAACAACUUACGAUAUAUCUACACAGAGGUACAUCAUGUGAGUUAGUAGAAAUCAAACAUUACGUGUGUUUUACAACAAUCGGUCCAAACAUUUAAAUAAUCUAAAUUUUUUGACAAAAGGUUUUAACCUCACAUUCUGUUCGAUAUAACUUCACUUUUGACAAUUUUCGGCUUUUUCAUUUCAAAAUUCCCGUGUAAAAUUGAAUAAAACAUAAUGUGUUGUUCCACUCCUGCAUUUUUCAUUAGUAUCUACGUCCUUGCUGUUAAUUUAUUUGGGCUAUAUCUCAGAUUUGUCUAUUUUCAAAACUAUUUUGAGUGCUUCGCUUGUAGAGAACUGGAUUUUAAGGAUCAUGCCUAUGAUUACAUUGUAGUUGGUAGCGGCUCAGCAGGGAGUAUUGUCGCCCGAAGACUUGCUGAAAGUCCUGAACUAAAAGUCUUGUUAAUUGAAGCUGGAGCUAGUGGAAAUGGUAUUUUGCAAAUUCCCACUGUGGGUCUCAUGUUACAAGACUCGGUUUUUGACUGGCAGUAUCGGACAGUGCCUCAGAAAUAUGCCUGUUGGGGGCUUGAGAAAAAAGUGAGUCAUUGGCCCAUGGGGAAGAUGCUGGGGGGCACGGCGAUGUUAAAUAAUAUGAUUUAUGUUCGGGGCCACCCUCAAGAUUUCGCAAACUGGUAUAAAGAUUCCUGUAAUUACAAUUACACAAUAGACAUACUCCCCUAUUUUCAAAAACUAGAAAGUAACAAAACAAAUAAGUACAAAUGUUCGGUUUUUGUCGAAGACAUGCCAUUUAAAUCGAAUUUAUCGGAUUAUUUUUUGCAAGCUGGUUUGUGUCUCGGCUUUGGAAUAUCAGAUGGGGUGAACUCAGAACCCGGUUUUUCGGCAACUAGAGUCACAAUGCGGAAUGGUCAGCGCUGGACGCCUUACCACCAAUUAGAAAAAAACAAAAAACGAAAUCUAGUCGUCAUAACUAAUUCUCUAGUCGAAAAAGUCCUCUUGAAAGACAAUUAUGAAGCAUAUGGGGUCAAAUAUACCCACUUGGACGAGACUUACCACGUUCGAGCCAACAAGGGGGUCAUUCUUUCGGCCGGUGUGAUCGGGUCUCCAAAAAUCCUCAUGUUGUCAGGGAUUGGUCCAAGAAAACACCUGGAAAAAAUGAAAAUCACCCCAAGGGUUGAUUUACCAGUCGGUGACAACCUUCAAGACCACGUGACUACUGGUCUAGACCUUAUUACUCUCGAAUCGCCCCCCAAUAUGGGUGUGAAACAAAUGUUAUCGCCAUGGAGCGCUUUCAAAUAUUUUUUAUUGGGGAAAGGUCCAUGGACCAGUCCAGGCUGUGAAAAUAUCGCGUUUUUUAAUAGUGAGAAUGAGAAAGUUCCCGAAUUGCAGUUUAUGAUUCUGCCGUAUGGUGCUGCUAUCGAUGGUGGAUCCUACUUGAGAAGUUUGGUAGGUAUCGGGGAAAAACUCUGGGAGAGUUAUUUUCGGAAAGUGAACGAGUCGACUAUGACUAUUCUUCCGGUUGUUUUGCACCCCAAAAGUCGGGGGACUGUGAGACUGAAAAAUAAAAACCCCAAAACGCCGCCAUUGAUUGAUCCGAAUUACUUAUCAGAGAAUUACGAUAUUGAUAUUCUUUUGGAGGGGAUUGAACUGAUAAAGGAGUUUUUGGAGACUCCACCAAUGCGUCGUUUGGGGGCUAAGUUGAACCCAGUCAAAUUUCCGGGUUGUGAGGCAUUUGGGUUUGACACUAGGCCCUAUUGGGAGUGUUACGUCCGUCAUUUUACUUUGUCAAGUUACCACCCUGUCGGCACUUGUGCUUUGGGUCAAGUAAUCGAUGAGAGUUUUCAAGUGAAAGGGACGAAUAAAUUGUAUGUGGUCGAUGGGUCGGUUUUACCGACUUUGCCCAGUGGCAACCCCAAUGGGGCUAUCAUGAUGAUGGCGGAGCGCGCGGCUGAAAUAAUCAAACAUCACUGCUGGUUGAGUCAGAGACGGUGCUGCUCGUCCGAUUUGUUCCAAGACCAGUGUAGCUGUUAUUAAAUUUAUUUUGUAAUAA